ACACUGUUUAGAAAACAUAUGAGAUAAAUUGAUGAUAAGGAAAUUUAAUGAGCCCCUGCAUAUGACAUCAGGCUGAUUCGUUGACGAUAUUAAACAGAUCGAACACUUUACCUACAUACGUACAAAGCAAAAUUUCUUAUCUCGAAAUUUCUAAGAAAUAUUUUUUCCGGCGAUGACAAGUAAAGCGAUAAAAAUAUUAGCACACUAGAGGAAUUUUUCGACCUUGAGAGCAAUGCAAAGUAUUUCAAGGAGAACAAGUCCAUUUUUGUGGAUCUUAUGCACAUCUUGCAUUCAGCGCUUACUCAGAGCGGUCUUAAAGCUAAAAUUGUAAAACGAACGAACGGAGGAAGGACACAGCGAGAGAGAGAGAGAGAGAAGGGAAAAUCCACCGGUCGAUCGUCUGUUGGUGGUAUAUACACGCUACUGGCCUCGGUGAAAUCAGCUGGUCAUUCGUGGAGAUAUAUCAGUGUUGAAAUAGGGGGAAAAAGAAAGAAGACAUAUUUGUGUGAUCUUUGUAGCGGGGACUGAGAUGGAAUUUGACAACUUUACCGUUUCUCCGUUUGCGACAUUGGGAAACCAUACUAGGAAAAAUAUAACUUCUGAUGACAUUUAUUUUCACAAGACGGAACAGCUGAUCUUUCUGUGUCUUCUGUUUCUCUUCAUCGUCGUCUGCAACAUGACAGUGCUGAUCCUCAUCUUUUUGACAAGGAAGAGGAGGUCCCGCAUGAACAUCUUCAUCGCAAAUCUGGCAAUAGCAGAUUUGAUGGUCGGAUUUUUCUCCGUAUUGCUGGAUAUCAUCGAUAAACAGAUUGAAGAGUGGCAGGGAGGGGUUGUUAUGUGCAAAGUCACUCGGUUCAUUCAGGGAAUAGCCAUCUAUGGGUCCAAUUAUGCCUUGGUAGCCCUAAGCAUUGAUCGUUUAGACAGCAUUGCAAGGCCUCUUAAGUCAAUGAGCAAAGGUAAACGAAUGAAAAUACUCAUCAUUUUGCAAUGGACCUUUGCCGUCCUUUUUUCAUUUCCUAUGUUCCGAUUUGAGGUUGUACACAAAAUUAUUGGGGAAUCGGAAAAGGCAUAUUGUAUGAUCAAUUAUCCACCUUGGGCUUGGAAACUCUACUUUACACUGGUAGCGACCGCCGUCUUUAUAAUCCCCGCCAUCUUAAUCGCCAUCUGCUACAUCAUCAUUGUGGUAAUAAUCUGGAAGCGGUCCUCCUCUAGUUUCGGCAAACAAUACAGUGACGUCAUCAAAGAGAAGAGUACCGAAAAAUCAAAGAAACAUAAAAAAGAAGUCCAAUUUGAGGAAGAAACAGUGUCAUCACAACCAUUGACCCGCCCUACUACUCACAAAGUAUCGCAUACAACGGGGGGAAUCAUACCGAAAGCCAAAAUAAAGACAAUUAAGAUGACGUUUGUAAUAAUUCUAGCUUUUAUUUUGUGCUGGUUACCCUAUUUUGUGUAUGACUUCAUUGACUUGUACCAACUGAACGGAACUUUGCACACAGAAAUGAAGGCAGUGACGAUCUUUAUUCAGAGUCUGGCACCCUUAAAUAGUGCAGCAAACCCUGUUAUUUUUCUGAUAUUUAAUUACAAGUCUUAUAUGAAGAUAUGUAGAAAUGGAAUGAGAAACCAAGCUCCUAUAACAUCAGUGUAUCAUGCGUGAUGGGGGAUCCAACAUUGCACGCAAUAGCUGGUCCUAACGAAGUUUAUAAAAAACAUACAUGCGAUAGGAAAGCCACAUCAACCCAUGUGGAGUGUUCAAUCACUCAUCAAAGGUUGUUUAUUUAGGAUUACCUUCCUUAAUGUCGCAUGUUAGAUGUAUUGAUUCCAGUGUAUAAAUCUAGAAGGACAUGAAAUGCAAGUAACAAGGAAAUCGCCUCAAUCUCAGUACGCAGGAGUGAACAACAUGAAGUGCCUGGCUUAGCUUAUUUAACGAACAAUCCCCGCGGUUCUCCAAAUCUGCUGAACUGGAAGAUGUGCCAAGGAGGAUAGGCACAAGAGAUGAAAAGUGUUAUUCAUGGUUCUUUUGUGAUGUGUUUGAUGUUAAAAAGUAAACAUCAAUUAAUUCAUUUUACAAAUUACUUGACCGCAACAUAAGAUUAGUUACAUCAAAUGUUCACUUUAGAAAGGGUACACAUUUAAUUUUUAUAGUAUAUUUAAUAAAAUUAAUUAAUAUUUCACCAUUCUACAGUAUGAAUGAAAUUUGAUGAUAUUUUACCCUUUUACCAUCAGCCAUGCACACUUCUAUCAGAAGUUUUAUUGCAGUUACUAGAAAUCCGCACUUAGCAUCAAAGGACAUUCGGUGGUAAUAACGUUACAGAAUAUUGUACAAACAUUAUAAAACGGGACAUUAAAUCAAAUAUUAUUCAUGUCAAUAUAGUUUACGUUAUUAUGUUUAAUUUACAAAUGCAUCGGUCGUCAUAAUUAACAAUCAAUAUAUACAUAAUUAUAUAAAUGUUAUGUUGGGCCCACUUGACUUGCGUGUAUUUUAUAUAUAAAAUUCUAGUACCUAUUGUUCUGUUUUGAAGCAUACGAUACCGCCAACAGUAAAAAACUAUUGAUGUUAAUUUAACGCAAACAUGGGAAAAGUAAU